CUUCACUCAUCUACUACCUUCGCCACAUCCCCAAUUAAUCAUGCUCUGCGCAAUCUCUGGAGAGGCCCCUCAAGUGCCGGUCGUCUCUUCCAAGAGCGGCAGUGUUUUCGAGAAGCGCCUCAUUGAGGCCUACAUUGCCGAGAAUGGCAAGGAUCCCGUGAACGGCGAAGAGCUCACUACCGACGAUCUGAUCGAUGUCAAGUCGCAGCGCGUUGUUCGACCCCGACCUCCCACCCUCACCUCCAUCCCCUCUCUGCUCAGUGUAUUCCAAGAGGAAUGGGAUGCGCUCGCUUUGGAAACAUACACCCUGCAGCAGAACUUGGCACAGACACGGCGCGAGCUGAGCGCUGCGCUCUAUCAGCAUGAUGCUGCCGUACGAGUGAUCGCGCGCUUGACGAAGGAGAGAGAUGAGGCCCGUGAUGCGCUUUCCAAGGUGACCGUUGGUGCUACUCGUGCUGGAACUGGCGGUGAGGCUAUGCAGGUAGACUCUGCGGCCUUGCCCCAGGCAGUGGUAGAGUUAAUUGAGAACACACAAGCAAGCCUUUCGAAGACCCGCCGCAAGCGCCCAAUUCCCGAAGGCUGGGCCACCACCGAAUCUAUCUCCGCAUACAAGCCCGCCGAGAGCUCCGAGCCUCUCUACCCUGGAAGUCGCACCCUCGCAGUCAACUCAACUGGUGAACUGGCACUUAUUGGUGGUGUCGAUGGUGUUGUGGGCGUGUAUUCCCUUUCCCAAAAGGCUGUCGUGCAGACUUUGAAGACAAAUGGCGCAGUGACUGAUGCUACGUGGGCUGGUGAUAAGGCUAUUGUUGGAUUAGCUACUGGCUCCGUCAAGGUUUUUGAGAAUGGCAGUGAAGUUGCGAGCUUUAGUGCUCACGGUGGUGAGGUAACCGCCGUUACAGUUCACCCCAGUGGUAACAUUGUCGCCUCCGUUGGCGUCGACAAGAGCUAUGUCCUCUAUGACUUGACGUCUAACACUGCUGUUACUCAGAUCUGGAGUGAUGCUGCUUUCUUGUCUGCUACAUUCCACCCCGAUGGUCAUAUCCUGGCUGCUGGCACCGCCAACGGACAAGUCAAGGUCUUUGAUGUUCGGACUGGUAGCGAGGCCGCCGAUUUCGCCAUGUCUGGCCCAGUGAAAUGCCUUUUCUUCUCCGAGAAUGGCACCUCCUUGGCAGCAGUGGCUGCGCAAUCCACCACCGUCUCCAUUUGGGACCUACGAAGCUUCAAGGAAAUCAAGGUGCUGGACACCGGUAGCCUGGUCAACUCGAUCCACUGGGAUUACUCUGGCCAAUUCCUCGUGACCGGUGGCCCUAGCGGAGUUAGCGUCCAACAGUGCAACAAGUCGGCAAAGGAAUGGUCGGAGCUUCUGCGCAGUGCUGUCCCCGCUGUGUCUGUGGCUUGGGGAUCUGCUGCUCAGAGCAUUGUCACUCUUAACGAGGCUGGUGCAGUCACUGUUCUGUCCCCGUAGUCACGAUCUUCUAGGCAAAACAUGUAAUUUUAGAGCUGGAUAUCUGAGUUUCAAUGGUGUUUCUUGCGUUUGCGACAGCUCUUGAUGCAGGAAAAAUUCACAGUCUUUUCUUUACGAUCCGAAUGGUUCAUAAUCCUAGCAAUUCGAUUUUUAUCAAAGUGAGCUUUACCAGCAAAUAUGGCGCCCGGUAUCUCACCUUAUAUUGCCCUUCUCCCC